AUGGAUGACAAUACAGAUGAAGAUGACCGAUCUGUGGAGCUCACCUCAAUCGCCGCCAUCUACCCAGAAAUCAGAAUCGAUCCAGAGAAUCCAUAUAAAGCCUUUCUUGACCUCCCCGUCUCUCUGCCGUCGCCGACACGAGUCUGCUUCCAACAGCCGGUCGAUCUGAAGUUACCGGCGGCAUUAACGCCGCCAACAUCGACGGACGGCUUCAAAGAUGAGCUGGGACAGGACGCCAAUGAGGACAUUCAUCUACUGUCGCACCUGCCACCACUGAACUUGACAAUUGAGCUACCUGUUGGGUAUCCUGCCGAGAAACCGCCGAUUGUGCAGCUCACGACCCACCCGCGAUGGCUCCCAGCGAAAGUACUCACCCGCCUGAUCGAGGAUUGCGUGCGACUGUGGGAAGAAUGUGGACGGGACAUGGUUGUCUUCACAUAUAUCGACCAUCUCCAUCAGUCAGCGGAGUUGGCCUUUGGAAUUCAGGACACCACUGAGGGUGCGCUCUCUCUGUCUCGGGACUUGAAGGUGGCAUUACUCGACUUCAAUGGGAGCAUGGAACGAGAGAAGUUCGAACAAGAGACCUUUGAGUGCGGAGUGUGUCUCGAGCCGAAGAAAGGUGCUACAUGUCACCGCCUUCUUCGAUGCUCUCACGUGUUUUGCGUCCCGUGCCUGCAGGACUUUUACAAUACUUGCAUCACCGAGGGCGACGUUGACAGCGUGAGAUGCUUGGCCCCCGAUUGCGAGACGACGCGAAGCCCCGUGUUGGUGCCCGCGGACGGUCACACACCUCGUCGAAGCAAAAAACGGGACCGUACACUGGGUCCUAGUGAGCUUCUACAGAUCCCUCUGUCACCAGAGAUCGUUCAACGAUUUGUCUUCCUGAAGCGCAAGAAGAAGUUAGAGUCUGACAAGACCACCGUAUAUUGCCCUCGUCAGUGGUGCCAGGGUGCCGCUCGGUCGAGACGGCAUCCCAAGCCCACAGAUCCAAUGGCUGACCCUGAAGAUGCCGACGCCUCUGACGACGAGGAUGAAAUCAAAUAUGACCCAUCAGGACAGAAAGGUGACCUACCGCCGGUUGCUGAGCGUGUCGCAAUCUGCGAAGAGUGUAAUUAUGCCUUUUGCAGUGUUUGUCGGAAAGGCUGGCAUGGAGAGCUCGUCAGGUGUUUACCACAGCGCAAGAAAGAGGAACUUUCGGCCGAAGAACAGGCGACCGAAGAAUAUUUGCGUUUAUAUACUUCCAUGUGCCCGACAUGCACUGUUCCGUGUCAGAAACGGAUGGGUUGCAAUCACAUGCGUUGCUUCCAGUGCGACACCCACUUCUGCUAUCUGUGCUCGGCGUGGUUGUCCCCUGACAACCCAUAUAGCCAUUUCAACCAAAGUACGAGCACAUGCUACAACCGUUUGUGGGAUUUGGAGGGGGGUGAUGGAUUGGAUCCAGAAGGGGCGGAGGCUCUGCACCGGAUCCCCGAGGUGCUCUUGCAUUUCGACGUCGAGGAGGAACAUAAUGCAGGUGCAGAGAAUGGCGGCCAAGAAGAUGAGCCAUUGGAGCUGGAUUGGAGCUCGGGUUCUGAAGAGCCGGAUGAUGCACCCGGAUGGGACUACAAUCAGAAUCGAUAUCUCCAGCCACCGCCGCCGGCGCCUGUGCCUCCGAGAAACCCAGCUGCUGGCCGAGCUGGCGAUGCUAAUAAUCCUCGGCCUGACGCGGCGGCUCGUGCCGCGAUGGAACGAGAAGAGCAAGCGCGCGCGAUGGCCGAAAUCCGUCAACGGAACCCCAAUGGCAAUCGCCUGCCCCCCGGACACCGGCAAGACCAAGUUCGUGGUCGCGCAGGCCCCGAGCCGCGAGGAAUGGCGGGGCUUCAGCGGUUUCUGGAGCUUGUGCAAAAUGAUCGUGAGGAUGAAUGGGACAGUGAUGAGCUGGAGGACUUUUAA